ACUGAUCUUGCUUCUCUCCCUCAGCGUUGCUGCUGGCGAGGAGGGGGUCGGAGGCAGCACCUUGCUGUGUGUGUAUGUGUGUGUGUGCAUAUAUUCCGAUCUGGCAGAUAUCGGUGUGUGUGUGUGAGAGGAAUGAACGGCGCAUAGGCUGCAGCUCAGCGAGGCGAGGAUAACGUUGGAGAAGGAGUGAAAAGUCCAAGUCGUGGAGCGCUGGUGCUCACACUCACCCGGUCUGGUCUGCUCUGCAAAGUGCGGUUUCACCCCUGUUUCUCCGUGUCUGCACCCUGUGGGAGCUUUGGGGAGCACCUGCACUGAGGAGAGCACAUUCCUCAGGAUUGCACCAUUGGGACGCGUCUCGGUUUAUCAGAAAAGGUCCAGGAUGGCUCUGAAUCUGUGUGCAGCUGGGCGGCCCAUCCUCUUUGCGCUAAUGCUGUCGGUCUUUUUAGGAGAAGGUGCAGCCUCCUCCAUAGUUAACAUGCGUAGGAUCACACAUCCUACAGUCCAACAAACGCUGGCAGGCAAAGCCGUCCUCCCCUGUGUCUUCACCCUCCAGACCAGCCCCUCCCCCCAGCCCCCCCACGUCCUGUGGACCCGCAUCAGAGGACCAGCCGAGGGACAGGGGGCUCCUCAUGAGCAGACUGUGCUUUCUGCUAAAGGUGAUGUAAUAAAGGUGAAUAAGGCUUUCAGUGGCCGCGUCAUGCUGCCAGGAUACGCUGCCAAUGCUCUGAAUGCUACCAUGGAGAUCUCCAGUCUCCGCACCAACGACUCAGGCACUUACCACUGUCAGGUUGUCAUGGGCAACGACUAUGAGAGAGACACUGUGCCCCUGGUGGUAUCCGGCGUGGUGUUUCACUAUCAGGCUCCCAGCUCCAGAUACGCCCUCUCGUUCACCGACGCCCAGCGGGCCUGCCAGGAGAACUCGGCUCAGAUGGCCACACCUGCCCAGCUGUGGGCGGCGUACUAUGACGGCUUCGCCAGCUGUUCGGCGGGAUGGUUGGAUGAUCAGACUGUCCGCUAUUCUGUCCAGCUGCCAGAGCUUGGUUGCUAUGGACACAAGGAGUACUCUGCUGGAGUGAGGAAUUAUGGGAAGAGGGACCCGAAAGAGCUUUUUGAUGUUUACUGUUUUGCAAAAGAACUGGAUGGUGAAGUGUUCCACUCCUCGGUCCCAGGCAGGCUGUCCCUGUCCUCCGCCUCAGACCGCUGUGUGUCCCUGGGGGGACAGCUGGCCACCGUGGGGCAGCUCUAUCUGGCGUGGAGGGCCGGCUUGGACAGCUGCGCCCCGGGCUGGCUGUCUGACGGCAGCGUGCGCUACCCUGUGACCUGGCGUCGCCCGGACUGUGGGGGGGGCCAGCUGGGGGUCCGCACCAUCACACCCAACAGCACAACUGACAACACCACAGCGCUGUAUGAUGCUUACUGCUACAGAGGUAAAAUGAAGGAUUCGGGCUCCAUCUCUCAGAUCUACACCUCCCUGUGGAAGCCCUGGAGCUACCUCAGAGACUCCAGUGAUGCUGACUCUGCAGGGACCGGCAGCCCGGACGUGACUACACAGCAAACCACCACUGCCAGAGAUGGCAGCAGCGCUUCACCUUCAAACUGGACUGGAUUGGUCGACCUUGAAGACGAGGCCUCGCUUCACAGCACUGAUGCCUCCUCAGACCCCUGGUCUGCAGAGUCUUCAGGGUCCUUUGUAACGCUCCAGCUGAUCCCAGGACAGAUCCUCUCAGACUGGGGAGAGCCACUGGAGCCCGGACCCGACUCAGACCAGUUCCUCCGACCACCAGUCCACCCUACUGUGGCUGACAAGAAGGUGAUCUCAAAGAUCGUGAAGUCCAUCUGGAAGCCUUGGAACUACCUGGCCGGGAGUGAAGAUGAGGAAGGAACCCAAGCACCGAGCAAACAGACACAGGAAGAGGAGACAGCCCCGAAAAAGACAGAAGAGGAGUCAAAACCAUCCAAACCAGGUUUGUUUUCUUGGGGAAGUUCAUGGUUCAGCGAUCCCUCGAGCAAAAACUCUACACCAGCCAGUGAAGAAUCGCCCACUCGUCUGGCAUCUACUUUGGACGCCUCCAGUAACUCUCAGACUACAGAGAGCAAAAAGAGAGGGGAGACUUCAGAGAUGCUCACGUCCACCGCCUCCAGCUCUGCACCCAGAAUCAACUCAUCCAGCGGGGAAACCUGGCUCCGCGUUGAAUCAGCGACCACAACCCAGCCGGGUGACAAGAGGGAGGAGACGGUGACCUCCAGAGGCAGCGGCAGAGGAGGCAGAGGAAGGGGGAAGAAGAACAGAGGGGAGGACAGGAGCAGAGGAGAGGAGAAGGGGAAAGGAGAAGAAGAAGGGAGUGGAGAGAUCAGUGGCGUAGAAGCAAAAGGGGAGAUACAAGUUUCACGCCGACCAGCGGAUUCAGGCAAACCAAGAGAAAGAUCCAGAGAAAGAUCUAGAGAGAGGGGCCACAGGAAGGGACAGUCCACUACCACAGCAACUCCCACCACUACUGCUGGUCCUGAAACUGUUGAUUUAUCUACAUCUUUAUCCCCGUCCACCUCUCCAUCAAGCUCAACAGAUACAAGCCCAUCAUCAUCACCCUCCUCCUCCCCAUCCCCAACUUCCUCACCUCCAGCCAAUUCCCAAACCCCAUUCCUUUCCACCUCACCUUCAUCCCCUCGUUCCGAUUCCCCGUUUCAAACUGCCGGAUCAGGAGACCCCGCUCCAUCCACUCACUCAGACAGCCAGGACAGCUCUACGGUGGAGAAAGCCGUUGUGAACAGCUCUCUGGAUUAUCCUACAUUACUGUCAGGACCCCACGACAUGGAGGAGCCCGCCUGGUCUCACACUGUGGGGUCAGGGGCCCUGUUACCUGGCAACAUGGAGGAGGAAAGUAACAGAGGCGGAGUCAACAUCAGCAACAUGACCCUCAGCCCCUCAGACGAAUCGGAGCCCUGCGUGACAAACCCAUGUCUGCACGGAGGAAAGUGCCUUCCACAGGGAACGGGCUACAGCUGCUACUGCCCACAGGGAUACACUGGGGAGAACUGUGAGAUUGAUGUCGAUGACUGCCAGUCCGAGCCCUGUGAAAAUGGAGGCACUUGCAUUGACAAGAUUGAUUCGUUCCUCUGCCUUUGCCUGCCCAGCUAUGGAGGAGACACGUGUGAGAAAGACGUAGAAGGCUGCGAGCACGGUUGGAGGAAGUUCCACGGCCACUGCUACAGGUACUUCACUCACAGACACACCUGGGAGGAUGCAGAGAAAGACUGCAGAGAGCACAGUGCUCACCUCAGCAGCGUCAUCUCAGCCACUGAGCAGGAGUUCAUCAACGGUCUGGGACACGACAACGCCUGGAUCGGUCUGAACGAUCGCACAGUGGAGGAAGACUUUCAGUGGACUGACAGCAACGAUCUGGUAUAUGAGAACUGGAGGGAGAGCCAGCCAGAUAACUUCUUCGCAGGUGGGGAGGACUGCGUGGUGACCAUUGCCCACGAGGACGGCAAGUGGAACGAUGUGCCCUGCAACUACAACCUGCCCUACAUCUGCAAGAAAGGCACAGUGUUGUGUGGGACCCCGCCCGCAGUGGAGAACGCCCAUUUGAUUGGUCGCAGGAGGUCACACUACGACAUCCAUGCAGUGGUUCGCUACCAGUGCUCCGAGGGCUUCUUCCAACGUCACAUCCCCACCGCCCGCUGCCGGGCUGACGGGAGCUGGGAGAGACCCAGGAUCAUCUGCACAAAGUCCCGGCGGUCACACCGGUACAGACGCCACCAUCACAGUCAGCACAACGAGCGCCGCAGCCACAGGAGACACGGAGGAGACGGACACAAGGCCAGAGAGGACGCACACAGCCACUACUGAACCAAAUAAUACAGCGUCUGCAAAGCCCAUGUGCUAACCACGGCCCAUAAAGAAAGACAGUAGCUCACCCCCAUUUCCUUUCCUGCUUCUAACCAUGCUCCGUUUGGUUUUAUUCCUCCUUAACAAUUAGGUUUUCUUACUCUAACAUACUGUACAGUUUAUCUCCAUAACCACUCUCCCGGUGUUUUGAUGCUUCUUUAUGUUUUCACCCUGCUUCCUUUAACUGAGGUCCAUGCGAACACUAGCUAUGACACUAACUCCCUCCCUAACAUCAGAGUAAAGUUAAUCCUCUUCCUGUCUACGAACUAAAACCCGCUCAGUCUGUCUGACUGACAGCAGUGUGUGAGCGCAUGUGAGAAACUUAGAAAAGUGCUGAGUCACUUUUUGCAAAGGUUUGCUUGUUCUACAUGAAAACUAUUCUCAUACUAGUAUUCUGUUUACAAAGCACAGAUGUAAUUGAUGCAUUUAGUCCCUGGAGACCCUGAGCUUUUUGUAUGUGUACUGUAGCUGUUACUUUUUCCAUAGAGCAACUGAGAGCUGACCUGUUUUUAUUCUACUGACAUGCUUUUUCUAAUCUUUGCUAUGUUUUUGUGUUAUGUUACUAUUUAUUAUAAAUCGUUUGCUAGUGAGUAUGCUUUCAUUGUUUACUUAUACUUCAAAGAGCCGACUUAACAUCAUUUUCUAUACCAGUAUAUAAGUCCAACAAUCAACAAUAAACUAAAUUAAUCAUUUGAUUGCCUCUAAGCUAAUCUCUGUAUUGUAAAUAUUGUGGUGUUUGUUUUUGGCUGAUCCCUGAUCAAUAGUUGGACCCUGUCUAAUGAAAUAGAUCCCCCCAUCCCUAUAAGCACUCUCAACUAAUGUCUAAAAUGUCCCGAUGACAUAGUGUUGACGGGAUUAUACUUUAGGAGAUAACCACUUGAUUGUAUCUGAAUUGCUAAAUACUUUCAAUAUUUGCACGGCUAUUUUUACUUUGAUGAGUAGAAUGUCACCAUUUUUUGUCUUUGGUCCCUUUGAUAUUUGAUCGGUCAUUCACUUUUUUGGUGUUCUUGUGACUUUUUGUCCUGCUGUUGUAUUCCAUUCUUAAUAAAGUAAAAAAAUGAACAAUA